GGUGUCAUCCACCUCCGAGGAGGAAGAGGCCCUCACAGAGAAGUUCCUCAAGAUCAACUGCAAGUACAUCACUGGUGGCAUGGGUGCGGUGAGCGGGGUGUUGCUGGUGACACCCAACAACAUCAUGUUUGACCCCCAUCGGAUGGACCCACUGGUUCAGGCCCACGGGUGCGAGGAGUACGGCAUCAUGUGUCCCCUGGAGGAGGUGCAGUCUGCUGCCAUCUGCAAGGAGAUCACCGACCAUAAGAUCAGAGAGGCUGUGCCCGAUGACCUGGAGCCUCUUCCCACCGAGAGACAUCCCUCCUUCUCCGAAGACGUCUUCACCGAGACGGAGCUGUCCCCCAUCCGUGAGGAGGAGCAAGCAUCUAAUGAGGACCUCCGCCUGGACAAGUCCUCGGGCGCUUCCACGGAGUCUGUGCAAACCGUCACCCAGGUAGAGGCCAGCGGUGCCGCCUCCCGGGCCCCAGGUGGUGCCCUCGGUGCCAGUCAGCCGGAGGAGAGCGCCGCGGCGAAAGCAGAGGACAAUCCAUCAGACACUGCCACAAAGAGCGAUAGCCAGUCCCCCGUAAGAUCCAAGCAGCACAGUGUAGAGAAGUCACCAAGCACGCCCACCACCACCAGCAGCAGCAGCACUAGCCAGGGCCCCAGCAGCAGCAGCAGCAGCACCUCUCGCCCGGGGUCCCAAAGCUCAGCCACCCCUGGUGCCGCAGACACCACCUCUGUCUCAACCAGUCCACAGGGGAAAGCCAACGAGGGGACAGACGUCUCCAAAACGGACACUAUGCAACAGGGCAAGGAGGAAAAGGAGGAUGUAGAGCAGACGCCAAAAGACGGCACGCAGAACUCUGCAGAGGGUACAGGGUCUGCGGAGAGGCGGAAGCACCCCACUCACAAGUUCCUGUGUCUGCGGGUAGGGAAGCCCAUGAAGAAGACCUUUAUUUCUAACGCCAGCGCCUCCAUGCAGCAGUAUGCCCAGCAGGGCAAGAAGCACGAGUACUGGUUUGCUGUGCCGCAGGAGAGGUCAGACCACCUGUACGUGUUCUUCAUGCAGUGGAGCCCGGACAUGUACGGUGAGGGGGUCAGAGGGAUGGGACAAGAGCCUGGGUUUAUGGUUGUCAAGAAGAAUGAUGUGUCAGAAGCGGCUGAGGACGAGCCCAUCACUGACCUCAAUGUCAAGGAGUGGGAGGUAGUGUCUCUGACGGAGUACCACCGUCGGAUUGAUGCACUAAACAGUGAAGAUCUGCGCUCGCUCUGCAAACGACUCCAGAUCACCACCAAGGAAGAGGUGAACUCCAAGCAGGGCUCAUCCAUCAAGACGGAGCUGGAGCCAGAAACGUUCAAGCCCAACCUCAGAGAGUCCAGUGAUCUCCUGGAGGCCGACCAGAUAGAGAAGCUUGCCAGGAACCUCCCACCUCGGACCAUUGGGUACCCAUGGACGCUGGCUUUUGGCACAUCAAAGCAUGGCAUGAGCAUUAAGAGUCUGUACAGAGCCAUGCAGGGCCAGGACACCCCAGUGCUCAUGGUUAUUAAGGACAGCGACGGCCAGGUGUUUGGUGCGUUGGCGUCUGAGCCCUUUAAAGUCAGCGACGGCUUCUAUGGCACAGGAGAGACCUUCCUCUUCAGCUUCAAUCCAGAGUUCCAGGUGUACAAAUGGACAGGGGACAACAUGUUCUUCAUGAAGGGAGACAUGGACUCCUUAGCGUUUGGUGGAGGAAGCGGUGAGUUUGGCCUGUGGCUGGACGGAGACCUCUACCACGGCAGGAGUCACUCCUGUAAAACAUUUGGGAACCCCAUGCUCUCCAAAAAGGAGGAUUUCUAUGUUCAGGACAUAGAGAUCUGGGCUUUUGAAUAACAGGACAGUGCACCACAGGGAAAAAAAAAAAAAACAAGUCCUGCAAAGGGCAAACCGAGGGGUCCUCCUCCUUUAGAACAAUGGCAACGCCCCAAACCUAACUGCACAUCACCAGGGCGCCCCGGGCCAGAAGCCAGCUAUCGGAUGCUUGUUGUGCGUUACUACUGCAGUUAUUACGGAGCUUUUUUUCUUUGUGAAAAAUUACCUUUGUGUGUAUCUUGUUACAGCCUUGUGCAGCGUCUUUGCAGAGUAGGCGGAGUGUGUGUAAAGCAGCGGAGAGAAUGGUGGCGGGAUUGUGGGAUGAGGUUGUAUCGGUAUGAAAUGGGCUGUCGGGCCUUGACGAGGAAGGGACUCCUCUCACCUGAGAGGUGGUGAAGAUGAUGGCGGCGGCUGAAGUUUGGGACUGCUGCGAUGAAAGGAGAACCGCCCCACUGGCCCGGAUGGUGCAUCUGAACUUCACAGAA